CGUUGAUUUUGUUUUUCUUUUUGCCUCGGUGGUGUGGUUUUGCUUUCGCUAGCGGAGCGCUCGUGUGGAUUUGUUCUGGGUUUUCCGACGAAAAGUUACAAGUAUGGAGAUCAGCAAAACGAUUGGAAUUGCGGCCGGUGUCGCCGGAACGCUCUUCCUCGGCUACUGCAUAUACUUCGACCACAAGCGCAGGAAGGAUCCCGACUUUAAGAAGAAAUUGCGCGAACGACGAAAGGCCAAGAAGGCAGCAGCAUCGGCAGGGCCAAGGACAACAAUCCCUAACCUGACAGAUCACGAAGAGGUGCAGAGAUUCUUCCUGCAGGAGAUCCAAACCGGCGAAGCGCUCAUUUCCGCCGGUGACAUCGAGAACGGGGUAGAACAUUUGGCUAAUGCAAUUAUCGUGUGUGGUCAACCGACGCAACUGCUUCAGGUCCUCCAGCAAACGUUGCCAGCGCAGGUGUUCGCACUGCUGAUCACCCGCAUGCGACAGUACGGCAAUCAGGCGGGCGAGAGCGAGCGAAGCAAGAUACAGGACAUGAACGAUGAUCUGGAGUAAGUGCGGCCCCAAUCAUCCAACACAUCCGGUCGGUCUUGUUUUGUGGCACACGGGGCAUUUGCGAGUAGUUAAGGUCGUCUGCAGCAGCGGGGGGAGAUGUAGCGAGAAUGUAGCGAGAAUGUGUGUCUAUCGUCGUCGACAGCAGCGAGUGGAGAAACGCAAACGACAGCCCCCAAAACGCAGCAGGAACACCAAUUACCCUCCCCUCAAAUACUGAAACUGCCUACCUGCGGGAAACGAACAACAACAGUACAGCGCUCGCGCGUCGUUUAGCAAGCAAUCGAAUAAUUGUUAUUGGAAAAGCGCUCCUGCACGUCAUCAUCGUCAUUGCCGGGGUGUGUUGCACAAUAGCAUGGAGAAACACACCCUCCGAAGCUGCCGGCAGGAUCGUCGUCUCCUUUCUCGCCCCCUCUCCCCGUUACACUUCCCUUUCUGUGUUUGUGUGUCGUUUCGUUUCCAGAAUCGCACCGAGCGGCGGGCGCGCGGGCAUUAAAUUUCGCUAUUCCGUACGCGUAGUAGAACAAAAUCAGAUUAGUUAUAAUGGCAAACCAUACGACAAAGAAGAACUCACAUUAAACGCAAAAAAACACA